AUGCUUGAAUUCCAAGAGCUCACUCAUGAUCUUCAACUUCAUGACCAUCCAUUCUUUGGACCUACUUUCUAUUGGAGCAACAAACAAAGAGAAAACUUCCUUGCAAGAAAACUUGAUAGAGUCAUAUCCAAUUCUCAAUGGUUUGAAUCAUUCCCUCAAUCCUUUGUGGAAUUUUUAGCUCCUGGUCCUUCUGACCACUGCAUGGUUUUGGUCACUCUUAAUAAAGAAUUUCAACUCAGCAAACCCAAGUCUUUCAAAAUUUUCAACUGUUGGACUCUUCAUCAAAAUUUCUUAAACACAGUCUUUAACUAUUGGCUUCAAUCUUGUCAUGGCAACUCUAUGAAGAAAAUUUUUCUCAAGCUUAAAAGACUCAAAGCCUCCCUAAAAAUUCUGAACAAGGAUUAUUUUAGUGAUAUUUCCGCCCGUAUUAGAAGUAAAAGAGAUGAAAUUGAAAAACAACAUAUUCUUACCCUUAGAGGAGUCGAGCCCAUUGGAACAGAACUUGAUCUGCAAAGAGAACUAAAUACUAUUGAGGAAGCCGAGGCUAUGGUUCUCAAACAAAAAGCGAAAACUCAUUGGUUGAAAGAGGGGGAUAAGUGCUCCAAAUUCUUUUACUCUGUCACUGCUACCAAGAAUAAAUGUGACACCAUUAGAGCCUUAGUUGAUGAUCAAGGAAGAAGACUAGACUCAUUCGAUGACAUGUCUAAUGAAACUAUUAAUUUUUUCAAAAAUCUGCUUGGUUCCUCUGACCCUAAAGUUAAAGCAUGUUCAACCAGUUUACUUAAAGGUCUGCUGCACCCUAUUCCUUCAUCUGAAGACUACGAGGGACUGACAAAGGAGAUCACUAAUGAUGAGAUUAAAGAGGCAAUUUUCAGCCAAGGUAAUGACAAGGCACCAGGUCCAUAUGGUUAUACUCCUCUUUUCUUUAAGAAAGCUUGGCCUGUGAUUGGAGAUGAAGUGAUUGAUGCAAUCAAAUUUUUCUUUCAAGAAUCAUUCAUCUACCCUGCAUUCAAUGCUACUACUAUUGCCUUAGUUCCUAAAAUUCCCAAUCCUAGUAAAGUCUCGGAUUUUCGGCCAAUCUCUUGCUGCUCUCUUGGUUGGAUUUUCAAAGGAGCCAAGGGUCUUAGACAAGGUGGCCCUUUAUCCCCUAUUUUGUUUGUUCUUGUUAUGAAUGUUCUUUCCAAUCUUCUUAAUAAAGCUGCUGAUAAAGGGAUAAUUGGUUUCCAUUAUAAGUGUAAGAAAAUUGGCCUGACUCAUCUUACUUUUGCUGAUGAUCUGUUAAUUUUCUACAAAGGUAAUCUUGAAUCUGCUGUGGGUAUAAUUACUGUUCUUUACUCUUUCUAUGAGAUUUAUGGGCUCGAACUUAAUGCUCUCAAGUGUGAGAUUUUCACAGCUGGUAUCUCUGCUCCCUCUGUUGAUAAUAUUAUUAAUUUUACUGGGUUUAAGCAUGGUCUUUUGCCUGUCAAAUAUCUGGGAAUCCCCUUGGUCACCAGAAAACUUUCUUUAAAAGAUUGUCAGCCUCUUAUUGAUAAAAUUAAAGACAAACUUCAUAAAUGGUCGAGGAUGAAGUUGAGUUAUGCUGGCAGGCUUGAGCUUAUUAAAAAUGUCCUCUUCAGCGUCGCUAAUUACUGGUGUAGGCAGCUGAUUCUACCCCAAUCUAUCAUUAACAAAAUCGAGCAAAUCUGCUCUCGUUAUUUCUGGAAAGGAUUGGAUACUCCUGCUUCAGGAGCUCGCAUCAACUGGGGAAAAGGUGGCUCUUUAUGGGUAGCUUGGAUACAUGGUUAUAUUAUCAAGCAUUUGAAUUUCUGGUUCAUGGAAGAAUCCCCUACUUUCAGUUGGAGUUUUAGAAAAAAUUUGAAGCUUCGAAAUCUUGCUUAUCCACUGCUUACUUCAGGAGUUAAUAAACACAACAAAGUCCACUGGCAAAAGCUCAUAUGGUUUCCCAUUCACAUUCCUAAACACAACAUUAUUUCUUGGAUGCUAAUCCAGGAUCACCUCCCCACCAAAGAAAGGCUGCUGAGGUUCGGGCUUGUUACCAACGACCAGUGCAUCCUCUGCUCUGAUGGAUGCGAAACCAUAAACCAUUUGUUUGCAGAAUGCAAACUAUCUUCUUCAAUCUGGAAUUUCGUUCUUCUUCUUUCAUGCAUCAAAAAACCUCCUUUCACUUGGUCUAAUCUACUGACUUGGACAACAGCAACAUGGAAAGGGAAAUCUUUCAUUACUGUUAUCCUCAAACUUUCUUGGUGCGCUUUCAAUUAUAUUAUAUGGGAGGAAAGGAAUCGAAGACUUUUCAGAGAUACUUGCAGACCCUAG